AUGCUGCCAUUUGUAUACAAACUAUGGAGAGGGAAGCUUGUGACAAGAAUGAUACGAUGGGAGUUCCUGCAAAAGAGGCAAACGAUAGUCAAACUGCAGGCUCUCGCUAGAGGAUAUUUAGUAAGAAAGAAAGUUGAUUUGCAAAAGGAGACUUUAAAAAAAUUGAAAGAGGAACAAAGAAGAAAUUUGGCUGCUUCAAAAAUUCAGGCUCUCUUCCGAGGUCAUCGCGCUCGGAUCAACACCAUGGAUCGCUGCGUGAAUGAAUUGCGUCGCAGAUGGCGCGAAGGCGCUCUAAAAUCCUCGCAAGCGUCCCUCAAGGAGCGCAACGAGGAAGCUUUGAUUGUGCUCCGUAAUAUGUCCGAUAUCGAGACUGUCAUAAGGGCGUUUAAAUCUCUAGAGUUGCUGACGGAAGUUUUUCCAAUGAUGUACGAGAGCAAUGCAUCUUCCGUUGUUCGUUGCGUAUACAUUUACAUGUCCGUGACAAAUAGAUCCAUUUCGAGUAUAGAAGUGUUGAAAUCUGCGGCGUCAUUGCUCGUUAAUCUGACCAGGUACAAAACUACCGGCCCCAAAGUAUACGAGAGAGGUCGUAUCCCACCAGUUCUCAAAUUCAUGUGGCGUUUUAGCAAUAGCGAAACUCAGCUGUUCUGUAUAUUAUCCACGUACCUGUGGCUAUUUUCAAAAUACAAUAAUAUUAAACAGGAUCUCACUGAAUUCCUCCACAUUCCCGAAAACCAUAAAAUAUUAGUGACGAUAAAAAGUAAUGUUGACAGAAUGAAGAGAAUGGCACACAAUGCGACGAAAAACCGGUUCCAUACCCCUCAGCCCACUAAAUUUAUAUCUCACACAAACCACCAAUCAUUUAGGGAUAAUAAUAUGAAUCAUAGUUUAUGUAAUACAAGUAAUGUUUCCAACAUGACUAUUGUAUUACCUUCGUUGGAGCCUGACUACGGAAUUAUUAGGGCUGAUAAGCCACGGUACUUUGAAGAUGCCCAGCAAGCCAUCAAUUGCCUAUUCAAGACUUACAAGUUA